AUGGCCUCGCUACCCAUUGGUCUCGCUCCUCCUUUUUUACCGGCCUUCUCUCGUUCAUCCAUUCAUUCAUCUCAGCGAACACCAACAAACCGCCUACAGCCACACCAACCACAAGAAAUGGCUUACAUUCCGACCUGGCUCGCCAUGGCUCUCGCCGCCGUCGUUGGCAUCAUGUGCGCCUUUGCCCAGUCGCCGCCCUCUGGCCCGUGCCUCGGCGGGGCCUUCCCCGACGCCGGCAACUGCUGCCCGACGAUGAUCAACAUGAUCAACUUCUACCGCGAUGCUCGCGGGUGCUACCCGACCCGCGUGGCCAACAACCAGGUCCUCUACGCCGACGUCGGAGGGUGCUUCCCCAACGCGCAGGGCACGUACAGGCCGGCGGGCGCCACUUGCCCCCCUGGCCAGCAGUGCUCGCCCACGUGUCUGCCCACCGUCGUCGCCACUCCUCAGCCCACUCGCCCGGCGUGCCCGGCCAACGCGCAGAGGGAUCCGGCGGGCUGCUGCCCGCGUGCCUUUGGCAUGUCGCUGUUCUACCGCGACGUGCGCGGGUGCUACCCGAUCGCCACCAAUGUGGGCGUGCUCUACGCCGACGCGAGCGGAUGUUACCCCAACGAGGCCGGCGUGUACAACCCGGCCGGCAUGGCUUGUCCCGCUGGUCGCCAGUGCGUCCCUGCCUGCGACUAA